UUGUAGUUUCCAUGGAUAUAAUUACGAGCCAUUACUUUGGGAGCAACCGAUGCAAACAUAGCCUGAAACAAUUCCCCUCCAUGCCGUGCAGACCAGGCGUUCCAAAAGGUCAGACUCUCAUGUAAUAGGAGUUUCCCAAGUCGUUGCUGUUGCUCGCUAUGCCCACGAGAUGGAGGUGAGGGUGCAGGCAGGGUGUGCACGUGAAAACGCCCUUACACGGACGGCGCAGCGUUCCCCGGGACUUGAGGAGGCAUUUGCCAUCUGCUGCCCGAUGGUGAUCCAGCCGCCGAGCAACUGCUCUGCAGUGCGCUUUGGAAAACCGGUAGCUAAAAACAGCCCUUGGAACAUCACUGAGAGGAAGUGGGAAGGAUAAGGCCACUGCUAGAGGCAUGAUGCACGCACAAAGUCCCCCCCAGGACUCUUGCAGCAUUGAAAAAAUGACACAAAAGAAGAAGGGCACCUCGCAGUAAUUUACUAUGCUCUGCUACCAUGAGUAAAUCAGUCUUCCAAAACACAGAAGUCUGAGUCUGAGAUGGAGGAAACAGGCUGAGGCUGAAGGACACUUAGAACCAGCUCCAAAGAUGUGCGAAAAGCAGAUGUAAAACAGCCCAGUCAGAAGCUCUGCUGCACACAGCAACUAUCUGCAACACACCAAUGAUGCUCUUGCCACCAUAUUACCAUGCUGAGUGGCUCCACUGCUAAAGAACGACAGAGGAUGACCUUCCAAAACUUGAGUAAAAGCAGCCAGACCCACCACUGGACCCCAUCCAUACUGCACCUCCGCGGCCUUUCCCUUCAUCACAGUCAUGCAGUAACUUGCUGUGCUGUGAGCAGCUUGUAAUUCAAACUGAAAAAACAAGAAUUCGGAGAAUGUGAACCUCAGUGCUUCCAAUUUUCAUGGCUCAGGCCAUGUUUUCCACCUCUGUCCUUUAGUGCUAAGCUCUGUCGCUCAAGAGGAGGUGGCUGAAGCACCCAUUCUACAGGGAUAUACGAGGGGAAAAGAGAGUAGGCUGGAAGGGAAAUGGGUUUUAAGAGGGUUUUAUUUGGCUUUUUAAUAUGCCGAGAGUCCUUGAAGCAGUAGGAUAAGAAUCACCUUCCCCCCAUUCUUGAAGAUCAAAUCCCCACUGUCGGAUCAGAGCCAGACAUAAAAGUCACUCUGCUUGUACUCUGUGCAACUUCUGCUACAGAUUUUAUCUUCUCUUAGUAACAUUAUGCAAUAGUCCAGAAAGCAGGAAGCAAAUAUCAAUACCAUUUCCUCUACGUUGACCAACUCACUGCACAGGAAGAAGCUUCUUGAUGUGAAUAACCAUCAAGGUGUAGCCACAGUCAGGGGUCUGUAUGAGCACAGGAAGAGCAGCGGCUCUAAGUGCUGCAGAUCCUUAGCAGGGGAAGAUGGGGAUCUCACAUCAAGCUGGACGGUGCAAGAAGCCUGCAUCAGCCAUGAACACGAGCACACAAGAGAACUCCAAGGCCAUACGUGGCAUCCUUGGGCACCUUUUCAUACCUCCCUCUCUUUCCUUGUCUCCUCCAGGAAUUAACAGAGUGUCAGCAGAUCUGGGUCACAGCACUGUGAUGACCUGCCCUAACAAAACAAAUAUAAUUAUGGUAACAUGGAAAAUAAGCCCCAAGACUGGAGGCCAAUGCAUCUUGGCAUACUUGAUUGAUAAGAACAAGACAGAAAAAACCAACUGCAGUGACAGAAUAAACUGGAGAUCCAGACCAGACUGGGAUCAUGCACUUGAGAUCCAGCAAGUAGUAAUGGCUGAUGAGGGAAAUUACACCUGCGAAGUGGUAAAUGUGGAUGCAAAUUUCCACAGCCUGUAUCACCUGACUGUGCUAGUUUCCCCAAGAAUGGCUCUGUACUGCGAUGACCACGGGAACCCUGUGUGUGAGGCAGAGACAUUGAAGCCGGCUGCUGAGAUCUCGUGGGUCCCAGAGAGCAACUCCACACUCAGAACAGACAGUCAGGAUAACGGGACAGUGACAGUUCUCAGCAGGUUUGCAGCACAUAGCACCAGCGGGAGGAAUCCUACCUGCAUUGUGUCCCACGUAACUCUGAACGAGGCCAAGUCCAUAGACUGCUCCUCACGUAAGCUUCUUGUGUGCUCAGUUUCCUGUUUAGCCCUCUGUUCUUGCACUAAGACAUCAGUGGCAUGA